AUGGCAGAGCUCUGUGUCCGCUCCGUUCUGGUGACUGGGGCCAACCGGGGUCUCGGUCUGGGGUUUGUCCAGCAUUUCCUGAGGAUGCCAAAGCCACCACAGUGGAUCUUUGCAGGCUGUCGGGACCCCAAGGGACAGAGAGCGCAGGAGUUACAGAAUUUGGCCUCCAAGCACCCCAACAUCAUCAUCAUCCCGCUCGAAGUCGCCGACCCCAGCAGCAUCAAGGCGGCUGCAGCCAAGGUUGGGGAGCACCUGGGGAACUCUGGGCUGAACCUCCUCAUCAACAAUGCUGGAAUUGCAAAGGCAACCUCCCUUGAUAAUGAAACACUGGAGAAUAUGAGCCAGAUUUACACCACCAACACAAUUGGGCCCCUGCUGAUGGGCCAGGCAUUCCUGCCCUUGCUGAAGAAGGCUGCCCAGGGGAGCCCAGGCUCAGGGCUGAGCUGCAGCAAGGCUGCCAUCAUCAACAUGUCCAGCUAUGCAGGCUCCAUUCAGGAUAUGUAUGUAUGGAAUUUCGGACAAGUUGUCUCGUACCGCUGCAGCAAGGCUGCUCUGAACAUGCUGAGCAAGUGCCAGUCCCUGGCGUACAAGGAGCACGGCAUCCUCUGCGUCGCUCUCCACCCCGGCUGGGUGCAAACCGACAUGGGGGGCACAGGAUCAUAUAAGCCUCCCCUGACAGUGGAUGACAGCGUGCAAGGGAUGCUGAAGGUGCUGUCCUCCAUCUCUGAGAAGGAGACUGGGACCUUCUUGGACUGGGAAGGGAAGGUCAUACCCUGGUGA